AUGAGCCCAUCUGCCCAGAUCGUGGAGGAGUUCCUGAGCAGCCAUCCCCCCCGGAUAAGCCCAGGCAUCCCGGAGAUCAUAGCAUACUGUCAAUCCCAGGGCAUCCAGGUCUUCCUUGUGUCGGGUGGCUUCCACCAGAUCAUAGACCCCAUAGCUGCCAUGCUGGGCAUCCCCUCCAACCACGUCUUUGCCAACCGAAUACUCUACAACGCCGCCGGCUCUUACGCCGGCUUCGACCCGACCUGCUUCACCUCCCGCUCCGGCGGCAAGCGGGAGGCUGUCCAGCACCUGCGCGCCACCCGCGGCCUCCAGCGCGUCGUCAUGGUGGGGGACGGCGCCACCGACGCCGAGGCCAAGGCCCCGGGCGGUGCAGACGUGUUUGUGGGGUAUGGCGGCGUGGUGCGGCGGCCGGCCGUGGAGGCCCGGGCCGACUGGUACAUCACCGACCUGCGGGACUUGCUUGCCGCCCUGCAGCGUGCAUAG